AUGGAGCUCUGUCCCGGCACAGUAGCUUCACCCGGCCACUACUUCACUCCUCCCCACUGUCAGUUCACUCCACCGAAAGCCAUGAACUCCCUCCUCCGAUCAACCCCCUUAACCAAACGCCUCCCACUCCCUCUCUUACACUCCCACUUCUCCACCACCUCCGCCACUAAACCCAAAACCCCAAACACCUACACCAUCACCACCCCACGUUUCACCCCAACCUCCCCACCCCCCACCAAACCCACCUUCCCUAAACCCACCCAAGUCCCCUUCCAGCCCAAAGUCGCCAACUCCGUCCGCCUCACCGGCCACGUCCGUGCUCCUCUUCAGGUCCAGACUACCCCCGACGGAGCCUUCUGGGCCGCCACCGUUCUCACCGCGUCUUCCUCGGCUAAGUCUCUCCGGAUUCCGAUUGUUUUCGAGGGGGAUUUGGCUCAUGUUGCGAGUUUGCAUGUGAAGGAUGGGGACUGUGUGUUUGUUGCGGGGAGUUUGAGGUCGGAUUUGAAUCAUCUCAAUGCUAGUGAGGGUGAGGCACGUUUACAGGUUAAGGUGCAUACGCUCAACUUUGUGGAGGAAUCUUUUCCACUGAAUAAGAGAUCCAAAGAUGGCAGUGAAGAAAGGAACAUUGAUCACACUGUGGCAGGUGAAAAUGAUGAUAUGAAUGAAUCAUUGAAAGAUCUCCAUCUGUGGAAAGACCUUCUUGCCAAGCCUCAUGAGUGGUGGGCUGUCAGGUCAAAAGAGGGUUCCCCAAAGGCUGCAGCCUUUGAGCGUAAGAGUAAUGGUGAGUUAUGUAUCAUUGAUGAUUCGACUCCUGAAUGGAUCCAGCAUAAGUUAGAAUCCUUGACAUUUGAUCAAAAACCUAUGUCACAUUGUUCUGAAACCAGUUCAAGGGAAGAUGGGAACUCUACAGUAGGUACUUGGGAAGACCUUCUUGAUAACUCAAAACAAUGGAAGGACUACCGUGACCAAAAGCUUAAUAAAUUGGUAAAGGAAAAUCAUCCUGAUUUCAAGCGGAAGGAUGGUGGUCAUUCACUCUGGCUUAACAAGGUGCCAAAGUGGGUUUUGUCAGAGCUUAAAGGCAAAGAGUUUGAUGUUCCAGUUCUGAAGUCCAAACAAGCAAAUGAGGGUAGAGGUGAUAAAUCCUGGAAGGACUUGGUGGAAAACCCAGAUAAAUGGUGGGAUAACAGAUUGCAGAAGUGGAAUGCAAAAGGUCCAGACUUUAAGCACAAAGAAACCGGUGAAGCAUUAUGGCUUACCAAUUCACCAGGAUGGGCGAUCCCCAUGUUACCACCUUUGAAAACACAGCAGAUUCUGACAAACUGACGAUGGGAAUAUGCCUCUUCCUUGAAACAUGCAAGCAGCUGUUAGUGGUGUUAGUAAUUUUUUGGCAAUUACUCUGGUGUUUAUAAGCUUAUUCCAAAUUUGUAUGUCCUCUAUUAGUUUAGUUUCCAGCGUAGAAAAGUAGAACAUACAAAUGACCCCUGCUAUCCCACAGUUGUGCCGUAUGAACGGUUCAUUGAGUUGUAUAUUAAUGAAAUUUUAAUC